AUGUUGAAGAUUUGGUUGAUUGCAAGUGUGCUUGCCUCGUCAGUGUAUGGCGCUCCAUCCAACAAGAGAUCUCCAAAGACUCUCCUGCUUCCCUUUGACGUUGUUAAAAACAACACGUCUUCUUCUACCACCAAUGCGUCCAAGAGAGACAAGACGGUCCCCAUUUACCCUGACAUGCUCGGAUUGCAGUAUUUGGUCACGGUGCAAGUGGGAUCCAACAAACAAACGAUCCAAGUUGGUAUUGACACGGGAAGCUCCGACUUUUGGGUCCCCGGGGAUAACGUUGAAUGCAACGGAAUGUACCUGUGCACUGGCGGUGGCACAUUCAACCCCAAAACGUCCACGACAUUCCAUAAUUUGAGCAAGGUGAUUGACGCGGCUUAUUUAGACGGCCACAAUGCGAUCGGAUGGUACGGUAAGGACGACUACUGGUUUGAAGACGGCACCAAGCUCCCCCAGUUCCAGUUUGGGGUCAUGGACAAGGACGGGAGACCGCUGGGGUUGUUGGGCCUUGGCUACAACUUCACCGAAGCAACCACCGACCACUCAACCUACCCCAACUUCCCCUUUGCGUUGAAAGAUGCCGGGAUCGUCGACAAGGCCGCGUACUCCUUGUACUUGAACCUGGCGCAGGCGGAGGACGGGAACCUUUUGUUUGGCGGGAUCGACAAGGCCAAGUACUCGGGCGAAAUGAAGGUGCUCGAUGUCGUUCACUAUAGGUGGCUUGGGGUCGAGUUGGGCUCAAUCACCACCGCCAGGGGCAAGAAUUUCACCGUCAACACCCCUGUUUAUCUCGAUAGCGGCACCACGUACAUGACGAUGACACCGGACAUCUUGAAGCAAGUUUAUGAGAAUGAAGGGUUGGAUGAGAACGGAACGGCAGAUUGCGACAAGAUCAACAAGGCGGGCUCGACCACGUUCAACUUUGGCGAGCUCGAGAUCAAGGUGCCCAACAGCGAGUUGUACCUGGGAGAGGAGACGUGCAAGAUCAACAUUGACGAGAGCUCCGUUAGCAACAUGUUUGGGGACAUCUUUUUGAGAAGUGCUUAUGUUGCGUACAACCUUGACACCAACAAGAUUGGUCUCGCGCAGGUUAAGUACACCGACGACUCCAGCGUCGUUGACUUUUGGUUUUAA